AUGUCUCCAACGGCAAUACUCAACGAUGCGGUUGGCAUUGUUAACAUUCACCAGGAUGACAUGAAGUUCAGCCUCGUCGAUGAUCUGUUCAAAAAUAUCGAUCCGCCAAAGGGGAAGGGACGCUCCUUUCCCACGCUCUUGCUCUACGACGCCAAGGGCCUGAAACUGUUCGAGAAGAUCACCUUCUUGGACGAAUAUUACCUCACCAACGCUGAGAUCGAUGUCUUGAAUAAACAUGCAAGGAGGAUCGUGGAACGAAUUCCAGAGAAUGCGCAGCUGGUUGAGCUUGGUAGUGGAAAUCUACGCAAGGUCGAUAUUCUCCUGCGGGAAUUUGAACGGACGGGGAAGAAGGUUGACUACUACGCUCUCGACCUCUCUCUGAUCGAACUGCAGCGGACAUUUGCUGAGAUAUCCCCCGAGAACUUCGAUUAUGUCGGCCUUCACGGCCUUCAUGGCACAUACGACGACGCUCUGGAUUGGUUGAAGAGACCUGAAAAUCGCACAAGACCGACGGUUGUUUUAUCAAUGGGAUCCUCUAUGGGAAACUUCAGUCGCUCUGAGGCUGCGGAUUUCCUUGGCGGCUUUGCUAAAGCAUUGAAACCGUCUGACUUCCUACUUAUCGGACUAGACGCUUGUAAGACUCCGGAAAAGGUCUUUCAAGCCUAUAAUGACUCCAAGGGCAUCACCCGCCAAUUCUAUGAAAACGGGUUGGCUCAUGCAAAUGCCGUUCUCGGGUUUGAAGCGUUCAAGCCGGCCGAGUGGGAAAUCUUGACUGGUUAUGACUCCUUCGAGGGCCGCCACCAAGCAUUCUACGUGCCGAAGGUGAAUGUUACCAUUAACGACGUCACGAUUCCCAAAGGAGAGAAACUCAUCUUCGAGGAAGCAUGGAAAUAUGGUCGUGAUGAUCGAGAUGAGCUAUGCCGUCGCGCAAGAUUGAUCCCCCAGAUUGAAUUCGGCAAUUCUACCGAUGACUAUCACAUUCACAUGCUGUCACCUGCCACACUUGAGCACCCCACUCAACCUUCGCGGUACGCAGCUCAGCCAGUCCCAAGACUUGAAGACUUUCAGUCGCUCUGGACUGCAUGGGAUAUUGUGACCAAGACCAUGAUUCCUCGUGAAGAUCUUCUUUCGAAGCCUAUCAAGCUGCGAAAUGCAUUGAUCUUCUACCUCGGCCACAUCCCAACAUUCUUUGAUAUUCAUAUGACUCGAGCUUCGCGCGGAAAGCCAACCGAGCCAAAAUACUACCAGCAGAUUUUUGAGCGCGGCAUUGACCCCGAUGUUGAGAACCCGGAACAAUGUCAUGCCCAUAGCGAGAUACCCGAUGAAUGGCCACCUCUAGACGAGAUUCUUGAUUAUCAAGAGCGAGUCAGAGGCAGAGCCCGAUCUUUUCUCGAGAAUGGAUCGGCUAUGAAAGACCGAAUUGUCGGAGAAGCUCUCUGGAUCGGGUUUGAGCACGAGGCAAUGCAUCUAGAGACCUUCCUCUACAUGCUGCUGCAGAGUGACAGAACCCUCCCGCCUAUUGGAGCCGACCCACCCGACUUCGCACACAUGUCUUGGAUGGCAAAGAAGAACAAGAAGCCCAACUCCUGGUUCCACAUCCCGCAGCAGACGUUGGAGGUCGGCCUGGACGAUCCUAACGACAAAGCCAUGCCCAAGGAAUCCUUCGGCUGGGAUAAUGAAAAGCCCCAGAGAACUAUUUCUGUGCAUGCGUUCGAAGCUCAAGCUCGGCCGAUCACAAAUGGAGAAUACGCCAAGUACUUGCAGGUCAAUGGUAUCAGGGAAUAUCCCGCCUCGUGGAAGCUCGUCUGCGAAGAUAAUAAUUACCCCAUUACCAAUGGUGUCACCCGGUCAAGCUCCAACGCAACCGAGGAUUUUAUGAGCAACUUUGCAGUUCGCACUGUGUUCGGGCCUGUUCCUCUCGACCUUGCGCAGGACUGGCCGUUGAUGUCGUCAUAUGAUGAAGUUGAGAAAUAUGCCAAAUGGAAGGGCUGCCGUAUCCCUACAUUCGAGGAGGCCAAAAGCAUCUACGCAUAUUCGGAUAAGCUUCGAGCUGGAACAUCUAAUGGCACCUCCAAUGGUCUCAAUGCCACUGAGCAGCGCAUGCCACAGAUGAGCAACGGUGCUGGCAGUUCUUUCUCCAACGGAGUUAACCAUGAUGCGCCAUCUUUAUUCCGGGAUCUUGAAGGUUCGAAUAUUGGCUUCAAGAACUGGCAUCCAGUUCCAGUCACCCCUAAUGGCGACAAGCUUGCUGGCCAGGGUGAUAUGGGUGGUGUUUGGGAGUGGACUAGCUCCCCUCUUUUGCCUCACGAGGGCUUCGAAGCCAUGGAAAUUUACCCAGGCUAUACUUCGGACUUCUUCGAUGGGAAGCAUAACAUCAUCCUUGGUGGAUCAUGGGCAACUUUCCCCCGCAUUGCUGGACGAUCUUCGUUCGUGAAUUGGUACCAACGUAACUAUUUGUACGCGUGGGCGGGCGCUCGUAUGGUUAAGGAUGUUUCAGUGUAA